AUGGAACUCAUGAUCGGCGACUGCGAAGUCACCCGGGUAUUGAUCAACACCGGCAGCACCGUAGACCUCAUCUUCAAAGAAACACUGCAAAAAAUGGAACUCCAGGAUUGCCGAAUAAAACCCAAGAAAAAGCCUCUGACAGGAUUCUCCGGAGACACCACCAUGACGGUCGGCACCAUCAAACUCGCGGUACGAGUAGGACAGGUCACCAAGAUCGUCAAGUUCGUGGUGUCGACAAGCCGGCAAUCUACAACGCGAUCAUGGGAACCCCUUGGAUCCACGCUCUAA